GCCCAGUUGUGCUCUCUGCAGCCACAGUUUUUUGCGUCGCACAAAAACAGCCGUCGCUCGGUCCGCCAUGGCGAACGAGAACGCCGUGCAGGUGGUCGAGGAAAAACAGGAGUGGGGCGGUGACAAGCCAGACUCUGAUGAUGACAAGAAUGCUGAUGAGCAUGCGUCGUCCUCCUUUCUGGCGCGCGAGCGACGCCUGAGCGCCGGCCAGGAGAUCUUGAAAGACCAAGAGAGGAUCCUGGGAGAUACCCAGGUCGAAGUGGUGAAUCAGAGGGAGGAGUGGAGAGGCGGCGAAGAGUCGGACGAAGAGCAGGCAGAGCAGGCCCAGGAGCAACGAGAGCGCACGGUGAAAAGACGAGCCUCGGAAUCCUUUGAAAAGAGAGAAAGUCGACUGCAGCAGGGCGCACUGGUGCAGCUUCGUUCCAGCUUCAGUGAGGCCAGCGUCAUGUCCUUUGACCAAAGCGGCAGAGCUGCCGAGCCGCCACGGGAAGAUCGGUGUAGCGACCGAUGCACCAACAUGUGUGUCCUCUCCUAAAAUGUGGUUGAAUUCUUGGG